CACCCUGUUCUUUGCUCUGCCUUAGUUUCGGUUCGCUGUCCUUCCGUUUGUCUGUGUGAAGGUGCGCGCUUAGACCCGCCGUUUCCGGUAAAUGCCGAAAACUCUAGAUGGGAAAGCUGAACGCCCAGUUGCUGGAGCUUUUACUGGGAUAAUAGUCGAGUGUUUGGGGACUUUCUGUGUGAGGAAAAUGGAAAGAACCGAGUUGUGGCGUUAACGUGUUAGCUACAGCACGACAGGUGCGCCACGGCUUCUAGAUUUCAGACGUUAGCCUCACCGAGACGGAGACAUUUACUGCUCUGGAGUCCAGCGGUACAGCUUUGUUUGAAAGCUGGACUAUAUAGAAUACCUACAGCAUAGAGGUCGCUUCUCUGAAUUCGCAGCUUGAAAAGCAGCAUGGCUUCGGCCCAGUCAGAGCAGUGCAGCGUCCUGCAGGAGGAGCUCACCUGCCCAGUUUGCUUGGACUUAUACCGGGAUCCCCACCUGCUCCCUUGUGGUCACAACUUCUGUAAGAACUGCCUUGACCGCCUGAAACGGCAGGCGGAACGAGGCCGGAUCCGUUGUCCAGAGUGCCGGGAGAGCCACCGGAGCAGCACCAACUUCCAGAAAAACUUCAAACUAGCCAACAUUGCCGACGACUAUCGCCGAAGGCGGAGAGUCACAGCUGUAGCUGCCAAUGCUUCAAUGACCCAGGAAUCGCUUUCAUCCUCAGCAGUGCAGCGAGGCAAGACUGUCUUGGCUGUUCAGUGCGACUACUGCCCUGCAGCUGCUGCAGAGGCCUCAGGAUUAAGCAUGUUCGGGGAUGCAUCCUCUGCCAUCCAGGAAGGCAAGGACAAGCAGGAAGCCGCUUCGUCAACUUUAGCAAUCAAGACGUGCCUAAAGUGUGAGGUCUCGAUGUGCCAGGAGCAUCUGAAGCCACACCUGGAGCUGCCAGCGUUCUGCCAACAUCCUCUCACAGACCCAAUGCAGGACUUCUGGAAGAGGAAGUGUCUGGAUCACGACGAAAUAUACAGAUACUACUGCAUGGAUGACAAGAUGUGUGUUUGCAAUGCCUGUACUAUAGAGGGAGGGCACGCAGGACACACAAUCAAGACCCUGAAAAACACCAUGAAGGAUAUGAAGAGCUCCCUGGACAAACAGUUGUACAGGUUAGAGAGGAAGAACAGCAUGGCAGAGAGGAAACUGCAGGAGCAGAAGGACAAGGAGAGACAAAACAAGAAGUUCAUGGAUGACGCUGAGCACUGUUUGACCCUCCUGGAGGAUGAGAUGAAGUCCCGAGUGCAGCGCCUAAUCCUCACACUGCGGGAAUUCACACGCACUCAGUGCGAAACCAACGGCUCCGCCAUUCAGAAGAACAUCUCCAGGAUCUGUCAGGACCAAGCUCGCCUCAACGAGGUGCGCUGCGGCAUCGAAAGCCUCCUGCAGGAAAAUGAUGCGUUCCGCUUUGUCGAGGCAUAUAGGACUACAGGAAAACAGUGCCGUCGGCAGCUAAGGAAAAAUAUGUUCUACCCGGAGUAUGUUGAAAUGGAGACGGAGAUCCUUGGAAUAAGGAUGGAAGAAGAAAUGAGCAAAUUUCUUAAUGAUCUACCGUGUCAUAUUGUUACUGCUAUUAAUUCCUUGUGUAGUCUCUCUGAUCCUGAGGAAGAGGAAGAACAUGAGGAGAACGAGGAAGAGGCUGCAGAAGAGGAAGACGAUGAUGAUGAUGAGCUCGAUGACAGCAGCGAGGAGGAAAUGAGGAGUGAUGAAGAGGAGGAAGAAGUGCAUGAUGAAAGCGAUCUGGCUGAUGGCCAUUUCAGUCCAUGGGAAGAAGAGGAAGAAGGGGAGGAGGAAGAGGAGGAAGAUGACGAGGACGAUGAAGAGAAUGAAGAUGUAGAGGAAGAGGAGGAAGAAGAUGAUGAGGAAGAGAGAGGCGUUUAGCUGAAGCUAUCAGCUGUUUAGGUUCUGAUUCUUAGCUGCGAGUGCAACAGCUGUUAGAACAUCUUCUCUUUAAAUGUGUUUACAGCUGAUUUCCCCUCAGAACCUCCCACUGGACCCCACCAAGCUGUGAUUCAGCUCCACUUGAAUCUAACUGCACUGAAAACCCGAUGCUAAACUGUGAUGCUACUGCAAAACACGAUCUAAGUGCUUUUUAUUAGAGAUUUGCUGUAUAUAAAACUGGAUGCACAUCAAAAUAUGAAUGUACGAUGACAGAAUGUUGCUGUUAUGUAUAAAAGCUUUGCAUGGCUGCAAUGCUUCAUUUUCA